AUGUCCUUCGAGACAACUUAUCGCAUGGCCAUGAGGGCGCCAGUACUCUCCCAGAGUAUCUCGACAUUUCUGCCCAAAACUACCUCUCGAGUUCUAUUGCCUAGAGCUCAAGCCCUUCUCUCACAAAGAUACACGCAGCAACGACGACAGCUCCAUGUCUCUCCCAGAUUAAGAGCGCCGAACAGUGGCUUGAUGGGGAUGAAUAGUUCAGAUACACCGACUUCAUAUUUUCAGCGACCGUCUUUACCCGCAAACACCAUUAUUCGAUUUGUUCCUCAACAAACAGCAUGGAUUGUAGAACGCAUGGGAAAGUUCAACCGAAUAUUGGAGCCUGGUCUCGCUAUUUUAUUGCCAAUAGUAGACAAGAUAUCAUACGUUAAGAGCUUGAAAGAGUCUGCUAUUGAGAUUCCUAGUCAGAGUGCUAUCACCACUGACAACGUUACUUUGGAGCUUGAUGGUGUGCUGUAUACUCGAGUCUUUGAUGCCUAUAAGGCUAGUUAUGGGGUGGAAGAUGCUGAGUAUGCCAUCUCUCAACUGGCACAAACCACUAUGCGUUCGGAAAUCGGACAACUUACCCUCGACCAAGUACUCAAGGAGCGCGCCGCCCUGAACACCAACAUUACAGCUGCCAUCAACGAAGCUGCACAAGAAUGGGGUGUGAUUUGUUUGCGUUACGAAAUUAGAGAUAUUCACACACCCGGAAAUGUUAUGGAAGCUAUGCAUCGACAGGUUACUGCUGAGCGUAGCAAACGUGCGGAAAUUCUCGAUUCCGAAGGUCAGAGACAGAGUGCCAUCAAUAUUGCAGAGGGACGAAAGCAAAGUGUAAUCUUGGCAUCCGAGGCUUUGAGGAGCGAGCAGAUCAACGUCGCGAGUGGUGAGGCCGAAGCUAUUUUGUUGAAGGCAAAGGCCACAGCUGCAGGUAUCGAGGCGGUAGCUCAGGUAAUUGCUGCAGGGGAGGAAUCUGCUCAAGGUGCUGUUAGUCUCAGUGUCGCCGAAAAAUACGUGGAUGCAUUUGCCAAGCUUGCCAAAGAAGGUACUGCCGUCGUGGUACCUGGAAAUGUUGGAGAUAUUGGAAGUAUGAUUGCUAGCGCCAUGGCAGUAUAUGGAAAAGUUGGUGAUGCUCAAGCAAAAACCAUGGCCGCAAAGGUUUUAAAGGGUCAAAAGAGCGCCAAGCAGACGAGUACGGGAAUCGAAUCGCCUAAUGACGAGAUGAAGAGAAGCAUGCUUGCAUCCUUCGAAAACACCACCACCAAAAAGUAA